AUGCGCUGGUUGUGUGCGUAUCCACGGAGCCGAGCGGCGAUGCAGGACGUGGUGUUGUGGCUGGAAAAGACGGAUGAACGCACGGAACUAGCGCGUGCUUUCUCACAGGCACUGCAUGAGCGACUCUUGCACCCCGAUGUCGACACGCAUGCCAUUCUCGUGUACUAUGUGAAUAUUGUGUAUGCGCUGCGGAUUGUCGACACGUCGGGCGUGGUGUUGUCGCGCGUGCUUCCACCGGUCCAGCACUAUCUCCGCACGCGGAAGGACACGAUUCAAGCUGUGGUGCAUGCCCUAUUGGGAGAUGAUGCGGCAUUUGAGCUGCUUCGCACGGAGCUCGUGCAUACACAGCCGGCCGAGCCUGACGUGCCGGGUGGUGGCGGCUAUGCUGUCGGCGCAGCGACGGCGGAAGAGGAGGAAGAGGAGCAGUACACGCGGCUUGAGUACUGGACAGAUCCCACAUGGGCACCGCGGCCGGUGGAUGCAGGACCUGCGUUCAGCCACAUGCGAACACGAGACGUGGUCGGCCUGCUCGUGUCGAUCUUUGAUGAUCGGCAGGGAUUCUUGCAUGCCCUAGAGCAGCACACGGCGCAACGGCUCGUGAAGACGAUGGACUACGAUACAUCGCGAGUGCAGCGGAACAAUGCGAUUUUCAAACGGCGUUUGGGCGAGCAGAAUCUGCAUCAUUGCGAUGUGAUGCUCACGGAUGUGGCAUGGUCGCAACGGUUCGAUACACACUUCCAUGCGGUGGCGCACGGCGGCAUGGCCGAUCAUGUUCAUCCAAUGGUGAUUUCACGGCAGUUUUGGCCAGAUCUCGAUACCCGCAUGUACACGCUGCCGAAGCGACUCGCUGAGGCCCUUGAGAAGUAUGCAGACUUUUAUGCGGCGCAGCACCCAGCGAAGCGCUGUGGACGUGGACAUUGA